AUGCUUCCACUGACAAUUGUAUGGUUUUUCGCCAAAAAAAUGCCCAGAUUCUUCGCAAUGGCAUGCGAUCUCAUCGCUAUCCUGAUGCUCAUCUUUUUACUGGUAGGAGCUAACAAUUCUUCUCAAGUAUCAACUUACUUGACGAGUUUCCGGUUUUCGUCGAAAUCACCACUGUAUGAUAUCAUUUCCACCUCGUUUGAUGCCCAAAAUACCACUACUGGUCUUCAACAAGUCCAUGUCUUGGCAGGUUACAUGGGCAUUUGCGUUACUGGGCUUCCCAAGGCUUAUGCCGGCGAUUCCACCCUGUGUUACAACCGGAAAUCUGUUUCGAGCGAAACUCUGUAUCAAGACCUAGGCGUAAAAGUGUUCAAUAUUCGCACUCCAGAUACCAAAAGUACUGCAAACUUUACUGCAACUAUGGACCUCAACAUUUUGCAACUUGCGCAAGACAGUUCCGUCAAAAUUAUCCACCCAUAUGUUCUGAUGGCAGUUAUAGUACUUGCGCUACUGAUGUUUUGCGCCACGCUGUGCGCAACGGUGCCCAAAUUGCCGGGCAAGUCCUAUGUCAACGUUUUCCUGCUCAUUUUGAGCCCAGUCCUAACCUUGUUGUGGGGUCUUGGAGCCAUGUGGACCGAUGUUGCAAUUCGGGCCGGUAAAAACUACGUUCCUCACGCUUCCAUGGGCAUUCUCAAAGUUGAGACCGGUACCAAGGCAAGCGCCUUGGCUUGGGCCGCUUUUGCGUUUUUCAUAGUCAAUUGUUUGAUCCUAUGGGCGUUGUACUUCAGAGAUAGAAGAGCUCUUGGGAAAGAGAUCGACAAAAUACGAGCUAGAAACGACCGUUUCGACCCAAAGUUUCACAGUGAUCACUCCACAUUGGACAGCAAGCAUUGA